ACUUUAUACAUCCUCCUUCUCCUCUUCACGAUAUGCUUGGCGUCAGAAGAAGCCCAAAAAGAGGCAGGAGACUGGAUAGACAUCCACGAAAAUACAAAAUUACAACCAUCACAGUCGUACCAGCAUCAAACCCCCGAAGAACCCUCAUUUAUAAACAAAAUAGCCAGUUGGCUAUUCCCAUUCAACAGCAACGACAAAAACGAUCUAGUUGCCGAGUCGGACACGAGCAACUUCCAAUAUUUACCCCCUUCCCCACCGGCGCAUGCGUUCGCGCAACCAGAAAAAGACUGCCACCCCUGCAAUAAAGAACCAUGGGUUCCCAUGGCAACAAAUCAACACCAAAAUGUGGCACCACCGCCCCAAGUCACCCACUUGGACGCUUUAUUACCUCCAAGCAAUUACGGUCCCCCAAAGUUUUUCCAGAAGGAACCCUCCAAAGAUUAUGGCUUCCCCAACCCUUCGCUUACAGCCUUUGGUGCUCUGAAUGGUCAUAGUGGACCUGCAAGUGAAACUGCGGUGCACGAUUACGUCGUACCACCUCCUAUAAACCACAGGGAUCACGUACAAAGCUUUACAAGACCUAAUUUUAAGUAUGUAGCCCCGUCAAAGAAUUACCUACCCUCCAAUACAUAUGGAGCACCGAAUAACAAUUUUCCACCGCCUAAUAACGACUAUGGGCCACCCAAGCAAGCAUUCAGACCACCCAGUAACAACUUUGCACCUCAAAAACCCAUAUAUGGACCUCCAAAACCAGUAUAUGGGCCCCCAUCCCCAAUGCAAUCCUAUGGACCACCAAGACCUCAAUACGGUCCACCCCCCAACCAAUUCAAACCUCCCAGUAACCAAUACGGACCUCCAAGACCUCAAAAUAAUCAGUACGGCCCGCCCAAACCUCCAGUGAAUCAAUAUGGACCCCCGAAUAAUCAGUAUCUCCCUCAAAGUCCAUUCAACACCCCGACAACAAUUUUGAAACCAAUUAUGGAAAGUUACGGUGCUCCUCCCGAUAUACGUCCUCCCCCGAUUAGUGGUACCUACGGAGCACCCAAUAUCAACUAUGGUCCCCCCCAAAAGCUUACUCCCACUUCUCCAAGUGGUAAUUAUGGCCCCCCUCAGCCUAUUCCUUCGGAUAGUUAUGGAGCACCGCUAGCACCAAACGCUCAGGAUUACUUUAUGGUGCAUGAGCAAUUGUCCUUAUCAAGUGGUGAUAGUAUCGAUGAUGUAAGAAAACCCAUACCAUUCCCAAAUUUGAGCAGUUUUCCUGUGGCACCCAUCAGGGAUCAUGGUAACUUUAAAGAUACAUACGAUAAUCAUGCUGAUGAUGUGCAAGUUUUGCCCAGCAUUAACGUCGCUGACUAUUUGAGCUCCAUAGAACAUCCCAUCAAUGUUAUACAAAGUCCUUUGGUUGAGGUUAAUGUCAAUGAACAAGAUGAUGUUAGUGGACAACAUCAAAAUGUCAAUCAUCAGCAAAAUAACAACGAUCAUCAGCAUAACACCAAUGACCAUAUAAAUGAUUAUCAGCAUAACAUUAACAAUAAUAACCAGCAAGUUAUCAAUGCGCAACAAAGUGGCUCGCCAUUCGAAAGGGAACCGUUUGAUUUAAACGAACCUUUGCCCAAUCAAUACCAAGUUGCACAAGAUACUCAUAAUACCUUGUACCAGAACGUCAACUUCAAUGAUCAAAGAUCGCACAAUAUAUACAGUCCACCCCAGCAAAACUACCAAAGUAAAGCGAAUCAUAACAAGCCAAACUAUAAUGAAGACCCUAAACUAAGCGAAAAUCCAAUCAUUGUGGAAGACACUCAUACAGCUGCUUCCAGCGUUAAUUCAAACGUUACUUUGGCGAACCAAACCAAAAGAGACAGUGGUAAAUCCUUAAGAUUGCCGGAAACUUAUCCAGAAGAGAGUCAAGAUCAAACAGACGUAAUCAAAAAACUUUUGCAAGAGCAAGGCAUUUUGGGGGAUAGUAUUUUGGAUAUCCAAAAAGUGAACGAUCCUAGAUUUGCAGGUAAUGUAAACCCGCCUACCCCAACACCUCUUGGUAGUAAUAAUUGGAGACCCAGUUAUGCUCCUGAGAUGUCACAAAGUCUAUUGCCACCUUCACCCGGAAAAUCAACUUGGUUACAACCAGUAGAAAGCACGACCAAAAAGCAAAUACAAAUUAUAGUGCCAUAUGUCAUGAACAAAAAGGUGAUACCUUUCGAGAAGCCUCAGUUCUACCAAAAGCCAACAAACACCAGAAAAGUACCUCCAAAUGGUGGAUAUACAACCUUACUUCCAAUAUACACCCCUCCAUCCUCAACACAGCAAUCGGUGUGGUCCAAAUUCAUGGAGGACUUUAAAUGGUCGGAAAAUAAAGCUACUGGUUUCCGGAAACCACAAACAACCCCAGUAUAUAACAUCCAGGAUCUAAUAGAUGAAGGCAAACGUCAAAACGCCCACCACAACGCGAAUUUACCGUAUGACAUAAUAUCACUGCAAAAAAAUAUCGACCAUUGGACCCAGCAAGAGUAUUCCAACAAAUUAAACAACUUUGAAAGUGCUGAGUCUACGAAGAAAGAGUCGGUUAUCAAGAGUUUAUUCAAGCAAGGUAACAGCGAGUCCAGGAAGAUUCCAACGGAUUAUUUGAAGAGUAACAAACAUUACGGGAAGUCUCCUUUAAAGAAUCUGCUGAAACAGAAUGUGGAAGUUAAGAAGGAAACUAGAAAGGAGUCGCUUGUGAAAGCAUUGUUGAAAGAUGGUAAUAAGAAAACAGUUAAAAAGGAGUCAGUAUUAAAGACCUUGCUACUAGAAAAAGAUGUCGAUGUCAGGAAGAUGUUGACUGAUUAUCUUGAAACGCAAGAGAAAGAAAACUCGGUUUAUCAUAAAGAAUCACCUAUUAAAACCCUACUAAAACAAACUGACGUGGAAAUAAAGAAAACUAUCAAAGAUUACUUGGACUCCCACCAAAACUACGAGGAUGAAACCUCACACGAUAAGGAAUCUUUGAUAAAAAACCUCCUCAAAAAUUUUGAAAGCAACUUGGUGAUUCCCGAAUCAACAACCAAGAACAUACCAACACCAUUUGAAGUCGCAAAAACAACAUGGGACGUAACCAAAGUAACCACGUCACCACUAACCAAAGAAAAAAUAUACGUGGUUACGCCACAAACAUACAAAUUUGACUCCACCACCCCCACUACAGCGUGGAGCAUGGCUCCAAAAGUGGAAAACGGGAGGCAAAAUAACGACACCAAUUUAUCGUUCAUAACCUCAAAAUUCUCCGUUAGAGUGGAACAUCACAACAAAACUGGCCGUGAGUUACUGAAUAAGGAGGAAAGCAACUCUUUGAAGGUUGUGUACAGCGAAUGGCCACAUAUAAUCAACAAUCUCCAAACCACUACAACCAAAAAACCAACAUCAUCUCAUCCUUUAUUUGGACUUAUGGACUUCUCAUCUUACACACCACCUCCAAAUUCGACUGUUCAAACUAUCUCAGGCCAUUCAAAGGUGGCAACAAUAGUAACCCCAUACAGCAGGACGAAAGAAAACUUUAUUUCGACGUCAACUGAAAAAAUCUCAAACGCUCAUUAA